UGCCGGGGAAAGGUGUCGGGGGUUGCCAUGGCAGCGACCAAGGCCUAGAAAGCGAGGGCGAGCCUGGUGGCAGUAGUGGAGAUUCAUUCGACAGGAACAUCUCUCGUUAAGACCAAGGCGUGUUGUCACGUAAGGGCGGCAACAUGGUGACGAUGCUGGUGAAUCAAAACUGCAUGGAAAGUUUGCGGAAGGACAUCACCGAUCUUCAAGGGACAGUCAUCAGCGUGUUCUCCUGCAUCGGGGCUGUGCGCUACCCCUCCUGGAAGUUUCCUGAUAAGGUAUCUUGUGAUCUGGACUUGGUAGCUUUGCUGGAGCGCUAUGACUUCUCGGAGAAUGAUCCCGAAUUCACCCAGCAUUCCCAUGUGGUUCUUCUGGAACUUGUGAUUGACAGGUGA